CAUACAAAAUGCAAACAGGUCUUGAUCAGCGGUUGGCGCUCUGAAUCAGCUCAACAUAUAUGCUCGCCUAGAGGGAGCUGAUCGGUGCGGAAAGUUGUUGACCAGCCUAUAACAAAAUGCCGCGGCUCCUCCUGCUUCUCUUCCUUUGCGUCUCGGUGUUGGCCGCUGCACCUGCACAGGCCUAUCAAGACAAGUGCGACAUCAAAGCCGCCGUCGGCAACGAUUCAGACGCCGGCAAAAAUGAGGCGCCCGGGAUCGACCAUCUGUUCUAUGUUAUGGACAUCGACAUCGAGCUCGAGCAGGCCACCGGCUUGGAAUUGGGUUUGUCUCAGGGUGAUGCUAUCGAAAUGGACCAACCUAUUCCUGGUACCAGCGCCGCCUUCCAAUCACCGGAUUUGAUCAACUGCCGGGCGAUCAACUGGACGAUUGAGGAGUAUCGCCGUGACUGCCUGGCCCGCAUUGUCAGUCAUGUUUACUCAAGGGAGAAGAAAGCUACCCCCCUAAGUCCCGACACAGGCUUCCGCCUCCACGGGGAGCCGCUCGAGGACGGCGACGACGUCUAUGCUGCCAUCUUCGAGUACGUGGGCCAAGGCCGUAAGGACAAGUCCGCUCCACACUUGAUCGUCGCCUUCCGGGGCACCGACACAGGCUUACUGUAGACGCCGUCAAGUACGCCCGUCGCUUCAAGCUCGCCUACCAAAAGCUCGGCCACCUCAUGCUGGAUAAUCCAGGCCGCCCCGUUUGGCUCACCGGGCACUCUGCCGGCGCGUCCCUGGCGCUGCACGUCGGGACUCAUAUGGUGCUCAAGAAGGAGAUCAAGCUCCCGACUUUCGCCUUCAACCCACCGGUGGCCAUACUUGGCUGGCUUCCCAUUCCCAAGCGCGUAAAGAAGCUCAUUGGACCGCUGAUCCCGUCCAAGCGCAAGCAAUCGUUGAAGCUGUGCAGUUGGACUCCGGUGCUGUACGUGCACCAAAGAGACUUCUUCUUCUGCAGGAGGAUCAUUGGUUGCUUGGAGCAGCCGACCAAGUUGGACAAGUGGGUCAUCAACCUGCCGUCCCUGACCAUGUGCGCGAACUCUGCCAUUGUCCAAGCCGGGGGAGAGCAGUGUGGACAACACAGCAUUAAACAGUGGUUUAGUCCCAAUAGUGAGAUCAACAUGACCUGUCAAAAUACCCAAGAAGAUGGGAAGCAUAUUCCUGAGGCUCUCAGCCGGUUCAGCCUGGGCUAUGCUAUUGCUAGCAACGGCUUACAUGCUAAAUAUCAGGGCUAUGAAUUUCCUCUCCUCAGCUCAGAUGUACCACAAGCACUCUAAGUCCAUUAAAUAUCUGCAAACAGGAUUUGUGUACCGCUACACAAGGUUUCCCUGCAUCUAUUAAAGAGUCUGUUUGUAAGUUUUCUUAUUUUCCAUGCUGUGCAAUCAGUGGGCUUCAUAAGUCCAUUAAUUAAA